ACAUCAGAUCUUAGAAGAAGAGAAAGGUUGAUGAAAACAAACAUGCCUUUGUUUAGCAAAUCGUACAAAAACCCCGCUGAGAUUGUGAAGACUCUGAAAGAAAACCUGGCCGUGUUGGAAAAGCAGGAUAAAAAAACAGAAAAGGCGUCCGAAGAAGUAUCCAAAUCACUCCAAGCGAUGAAGGAGAUUCUGUGUGGGACCACUGACAAGGAGCCCCCUACAGAAGUGGUGGCUCAGUUAGCGCAAGAAUUAUACAACAGCGGCCUGCUGGUCAGCCUCAUAGCAAACUUGCAGCUGAUAGACUUCGAGGGCAAAAAGGAUGUCUCCCAAAUAUUCAACAACAUCUUAAGAAGACAGAUUGGAACUCGGAGUCCCACAGUGGAAUAUGUUAGUGCCCACCCGCAUAUCCUGUUCAUGCUCCUCAAAGGAUAUGAAACACCCCAGGUUGCCUUACGCUGUGGAAUUAUGUUGCGAGAAUGUGUUCGGCACGAGCCUUUGGCCAAAAUUGUACUUUUCUCGGACCAGUUCAGAGAUUUUUUCCAAUAUGUGGGAAUGUCAACUUUCGACAUCGCUUCUGACGCUUUUGCUACUUUUAAGGACCUUCUAACAAGACACAAAGUGCUGGUAGCGGAAUUGUUAGAACAGAACUACGACAUGUUCUUUGAGGAUUAUGAAAAACUGCUCCAUUCUGAGAAUUAUGUAACGAAGAGGCAAUCUCUAAAGCUGCUGGGCGAGUUGAUUCUGGAUCGACAUAACUUCGCCAUCAUGACCAAGUAUGUCAGCAAACCAGAGAACCUGAAGCUGAUGAUGAACAUGCUGCGCGACAAAAGCCCCAACAUCCAGUUCGAGGCGUUCCACGUCUUCAAGGUCUUCGUGGCAACCCCAAACAAGUCCCCAGCCAUUGUGGACAUCCUGUUGAAGAACCAGCCCAAGCUCAUUGAUUUCCUGAGCAACUUCCAGACCGAGAGGGCCGACGACGAGCAGUUCACAGACGAGAAGAACUACUUGAUCAAACAAAUCCGAGAUUUGAAGAAGCCGGCUCCCUGA